AUGGGCUACAGUUUUCACAAAUGCAGCAAUAUCUAGCCCCAGUUUUAGUACUUAAAGCGAACAAAUAAUUAGGUUUCCACAUGAGGUUACAUCAAGAUACACUGACAUAAAAGAUAUAGUGAAUUUUUUUUAUUUUAGGAGUAGUUAACUUGCAAUGGAGAAAACUAAACCUGUGAAGCCAAAGGGAAGUCCAGUUAUUCGUUCAGCUAGCAAGGUUAAAAAGAAGUAUAGAAGAGGUUUUCCUUGUUCACCAACCAGGAAUACAAGGGCUAAAAAGGCUCUAUUUGAGGUACAAACAGGGAAGAGUAUAAAUAAAACUGCUGCAAAGUAUGAUCUAUCCUUUUCCUUCCUCCAGAGAAGAGUAAGUGGGAAAGUAUCAGUCCAAAGUAGAAAUGGGCCAAAGCCUUUUUUAUCACUUGAUGAAGAAAAUGUUAUAGCUCAUUAUGUCAGUGAAAUGGCAUUAAGGGGUAUGGGGCUAGGACCUUCAGAUAUAUUAGAUUUAGUGCAGAACUUUCUGAAAAAAGAGAAGCGCAAGAACAUGUUUAAAGAUAGUAGACCAAGCUAUGCUUGGUAUUAUGGCUUUAUGGCUAGACAUACUGACAAACUGGAAAAGCGGAAAGAGACACUUCUAGAGGCUUCUCGUUCAAAAGUAACCAAAGACGUUGUAGAUAAGUGGUUUGACCAAUAUACAGCAUUUCUGUCGGAGCAGGACAUGUUAGACACGCCCCACCGCAUAUUCAAUGCAGACGAGACUGGGUUUACUAUGGGGAGCAAAGCUGGUUCUGUUAUUGGUCCAUGUAGACAAAGGUAUUCAGGUGAUAUUCCACACCUGUCAGGAGGGUCCACAAAGCAAAGGCUGACAGUAAUGUACUGUGCUAAUGCAGAGGGAGCAGUGUUACCCCCAUUUUGUGUGUAUCCAGGGCCUAAACCAACUGCCUAUGACCCUUUGAAUGGGGCGACAAGAGGAACAGUAAUACACUACACUCGAAAGGGAUGGAUGGAUUCAAACACUUUCUCUGCAUUCAUAGACCACUUUGAUGAAAAUGUGAGUAAAGCUGAUCGGCCAGUGGUUUUACUAAUUGACAGUGUUAGUUCUCAUAUCAAUAUGGAUAUAUUUACCAAAGCAGCAACCAAGCAAAUUGAGAUCUACAGGUUAGUGCCUAACGCUACUCACCUUUUGCAACCUUUAGACAAGGGUGUAUUUGGUCCGUUCAAAAAGGAAUGGUAUACUACAGUCCGAAAAAACACUAGAUUAAACCCUGACAAACCUAUUACCAAAAAGAACUUUGCAGCAAAGUUAAAUGAAACAUACCUUUCAUUUUAUAGGCCAAGUAUUGUCAUUGGAGCUUUCAAAGGCUCUGGCAUAUACCCUGUAUGCAGACAGGCCAUAUCAAAUGACAGACUUAAGCCAUCUAAAACAUUCACUGUCACAGAUGAAGAUAAAGAGGAGGAAGGACCUAUAACAUCCAGCAACACGGAGGAGAAUAGGGUUCCAGAGAAAAAAUCCGUAGCAGCAACAGAAGCUUUUGGGAUGUAUAGCGAUGCUAUAGGAACACCAACCAGGGAACGGUACGAGAGGAGAAUUGAAGAAGGUUGGGAUCUUGAAACUCUUUCUCCAGGCUUCAGUGUUUAUAAAAAAUUGAAAGAGAAAACACACUCUUCUGUCUUGUCUGUGACAAGUCCAAUAGAUACACCCAAGGAGACAGCUAGUGUAUCCCAUGAUGGUCAGGAUAUGGAACAGCAAACACCAAACUUUGGACUGGACUUGCUUGCUUCUGCUGCUCUGGAAAGUGGCCCUGAAGAAAGACAGAAUGCUGGAAUGAUUAGUUCUCCAGAGAAUACUGAUACAGGAGUAGAUGUUUCACCAGCCUUGUUAGAAGUAACCAGACUACCAAAAGCAACGAGGACUGAUGCAAAAUGUAAACCCAGAAAACUGUUAAGUUCUCUGCCAUACAGCUUGACAUCAGCUGGUGCCAUAAGAGAAAUGGCUUUGCAUAAACUUGAUUUUGCCAGAAAGAAAGCAGAAAAAGAAAGAAAUGCAAGGAAACGCUAUUCACAGAAGAAAGCAAGAGAGGGUAAAUCCAAGUCAGCUGUAGUUACAUGUACCAAACGUCAAAGCCAAGUUAAAGUAAAGUGUUCAGCAAGAAUUGCACAGGCAACAAAAAGGAAGAACAAUAAGAAAGCUGCAGCAGCUAACUCUGGUACAUCUGAAACAAUAUGUCCCAUCUGCUCUGGUAGUUUUGAAGAAGAAAAUUUGCUUCAAGUGGGAACAACAUGGGUGGAAUGUGAUUCCUGUCAAAAAUGGAUGCACAAGGAUUGUAUUCCAAUAGGUUAUUCUGAUGAAAUGACAUUCAAUCCAGGCACUGCAGCUGUGGACUUUAUCUGCCAUCUUUGUGCCACUGAGGCGUCUUCAUGUAAUUAAGUUAAUAAGAUACAGAAUGGUUUCUUUCCAAUAAAGGUUUUGAUCUUGUAAAAAUAGGGGAUACCUGCAAUAGUAAUUAAAAAAACAAAUUUAAAAACAUUAAGACAUAUAAAAAUUUUAUGUGAAUAACAUUUCUGUAGGAUUGUCUAAAUAUUAUAUACUCUUAUUAUUUUAUAAUCUGUAAUUUGAAUUUUAAUCUGUCAUUUUUUCAGAAAGCCAAAACAGGACAUGUAGAGAUUGGUGAAAGUGCAGAAAUAUGGAUUAAGAAUUCAGUUAUUAAAGGUUACCAUGUGUAUGAAAUUCGACCACCUACUGUUGCCAUGUCAACAAACCGGCUUAUGGUUGACUUAGAGUAUACAAAUAUUGUUGAUCCUCAUGCAUCUCUUGUUUGGGUACCAGAGCUAUCUACAUUUCCUAAUGAGCUGCAUGAAAUAACAACAGAUGCUAAAAGACAUCUUCAGUUAAAAGAUAUUGCAGGUUUGCCAAUAGGACAUGCCCCAAGAGGAUUAGGUUUUGUUUUUCGACAAUUAAUAGAGAAGGGAUGCAGAGUAGAGGCUAUUGCACUGGGGGAUCCAUGUCCCAGUUUCCCCCCUUGGCCUCCAGUUAUGGAGAAGGGAGGUGGUGUUGUCAUACCAUGUGAUUAUAUUAUUUCGUCAGUGUCUAAAGAUUAUUUGAAUGAAGCCAAAGAACUCAUAAUCAGUACACUAAGUAACAUGCCUGAGCGAGAAGCUAUGGCAGUAGACAUUGUAUUUACUUAAGUUUCUAAAUAGUGAGCAUUUUGUGUUGUAUAUUGAAGGUUUCAAGACACUUAAUUAUGUUUUUUUUUCUUAACCAAAACAGGAUUUUAAAUAUCAGAGAAUUUAGAAUUUCAUGAGCAAAUGUUUCAAUUAUAAAGACAUAUGAAAUUUGCAUAACAAUGAUACAAUGCCAUUUGGCAUGUGGUAUAAAAAUAGAAGAAUCUAGUCAGUUAUUUUUUCAGCAUUGUUUUAAUUGUGUAAAAUUGUUUUGAUAAUAAAAGGUUUAAUGCACAUAUGUAUUUUCUGGCAAUUUUAAGAUAUUACUUUGCAUAACAGUGAUUGCACAUGUAAAUGGGAGAUACUUGAACUCAAAAUAUCAAAGGAUACCCUGGACAUAUCAACAGAACAGUAUAUUACAGGAUAUCUUUGCACUGGGGUCGAUUUGUGUGGUAACCGAUAACGUAUUCGGAACUCAUCGGGUUAUUCGCAACAGGUAAAACGGCGACCUAGGUUUGUUGGCGCAAUACAUAUUUCUCAAAAUAAAUAUUACAUGUUGAUAACUUGUAUUAGAAUCCACAGA